ACUGGGAGCCUCCUGUACGGCAGGACCUGCGCCGCCGGGACCGGGAGGAGGGGAUAUAGCGGCUGGAGAGGCGCAGCUGGACGGGCGGAUUUGGGCAGCGCGCCCCUAUGUAGUCUGAUUCAGUUUAACGGAGGUGGGGGCGAAAAAAGGAUUUACUCUGAGGCUGCUAAAGUCCGUUAUCGUAAAGAGCUGGAAACGGAAAAGGGGGUUUUGCAAAGGAAGGAAGCCGGAGAGGCGAAUGCUUCGCUACCUGGCAUCGCCUCAGGUUAUACUCUCCAGUUAAUUUCAGUAUUCUUUUAUCCAUAAAAUAGUGAUCGCGUUUUUCUUUCUAUGUAAUUAUAAACUUCAUCGGCACCGCUACAAACUCUACUUUUUCCUGCAAAACAAUUCCAGCUGUCCAAUGAAUGGAGUUGCUUUUUGCCUUGUUGGAAUUCCACCCUACAGAGAAACAGAAGCAAAGGGGCGGAGAGAUGGCCUCUCGCCGUCCAAUGAGAACGUGCGGCCGGGCGAGGGCGUGGCCUGGCAGGGCCCGCGCACUCUGGUGCUCCGCAAGAACGCGCAGGGAUUCGGCUUCACGCUGCGGCACUUCAUUGUGUACCCGCCAGAGUCCACCAUGCGCACAGGGCCCAAAGAUGAAGAGAAUGGUAACGAAAAAGCAUACCAGUGCAGCAACCUGGAACCGAUGGACACCAUCUUUGUCAAGAACGUGCGAGAAAACGGCCCUGCUGACCAAGCUGGCUUGUGCACAGGGGACCGGUUAGUGAAGGUGAACGGGGAGAGUGUGCUGGGGAAGACCUACUCGCAGGUGAUCGCCCUCAUCCAGAACUGCGAGAGUGUCCUGGAGUUGUCCAUUAUGCCCAGAGAUGAAGACGUACUGCAGCUGGCAUAUUCCCAGGAUGCCUACCUGAGUGGCAAUGAGCCCUACACAGGCGAAGCUCAGGACCUUCCAGAACCUCCUCCCAUCUGCUACCCCCGCGGCAGGGCCCAGUCGCACAUGGGGCACAACCAGACAGACAAACGGGGCUGCAGGCUGGCCCCGGCCCGGGUGUCCUCCCCCCCGGACAACCGCUCAGGGAGGGCCAGCCCGGCCGGCUGGCUCGAUGACACAGCCCUGGAGCUGCGGGGGCCGAAUCAAGGCAGCCCCGUCCACCACACAGAGGAGGUCCAAUACGGCGUAAGCUCCCAGCAGGCCGUGGGGCAGCCACGGGGCCACAUGUCCCCUCCCUCUUCCUCGGGACCGGCGCACGCUAGUCCCCUACAUGGCUACUACGGAAACCACAACAUUGGCGCAACUGCCCAGGCCCGUGUAGGCGCCCAGCCUUGGCCCAGCCCCCAAAAGGCGGCCCUGAGUAGGAGCGAGGUCCGGCAGCAGGCGUUGACGGACUGGUACUACAGCCAGGUGCCUGAGCGCAGGGGCCCCUCGAUGCCGCCCCGGUACCGGAGCAUUUCCCAGGACCGGCUGGGCGAGGUGGGCGUCGGAGUGCCACCGGGUCGUCAACGCAUGGGCUGGCCCCACAGCACCUCCCAGGACACCCUGUUGCUGCAGCCGGACUCGGGCCAGUACGGCGAUUCCAGCUGGGCUGAGGAUUGGGGCUGUACCAGCAAGCAUCGUUCGGGCCGCGCCCGCUCUGAGAACCUUCUCGCCUCCAAAUACCACCGACACGGCCGCUCAAUGGAGAUGCUGGACCGGGCGGCAAUUAUGGUGUCUCCACGUCCGGAUCGGCCUGCCUGGCCACCGCAGCAGGCACCAACACCUGCACCCAGGACUGAGGUUUACCAACAGCAGGGGCCGCAUUACGGAGCCGUGCCCGCGCCCCCGGCAAGUGGACGUGGGCAGUCGCACCAACAGGAGCAGCCCCCGGCAUCCCAGCCUAGGCGGCUGCCCCUGCAGAGUGCGGACGACCAGCCGGUGGGUUACCGCAGCUACAGCCCGUCCUUCUACCGCAAAGCCGGCCGCCUCAUGCAGGCCCACUCCUUCAGGGAUCCCUCCUACUCAGGGCCCCACUUCAACUGGAACCCAACCCCCAAAACCAGCCCCCAGGAAACCGUCGCUGCCCCCCCUGCCGCUCCCGAACCCCGCGAUGGAACACAUCGCCCUACCAACCACGAGAGGCCCUGGGAGGAGGAGCAGCCGCACUCGCAGGUCCAGGAGGUGGUGCUGCGGCAGAAGCCACCUACAGGUCGCCGCGGCCCUCCUGGCCAGCGGCAGCCACAUUACGGCCUGCCUGCUGAGGCCGCCGAAGCCCUGGGCUUCCAGGGCGAAGGGCCUAACACUGCUACCCCCAGGUCUGUGGACGCCCCCCGCAGGACAAACGGGGGCCUGGCUCCACUGACCCUACAGGAUGACUCCCUGGCUUCCAUUCCAUUUAUAGAUGAGCCGACGAGCCCCAGUGCAGACCUGCGUGCCCGCCACGUGCCCGCCUCCUCUGUGGUGUCCAGCGUCAUGAGCUCCGCCCCCGCCGUCACCACCAGCCCCACCUCCCCCACUUUCGCCUUUCCCCUCACCAGGCUCUUCUCACACGACUGCAGCAACGUGAAGUCGAACCGCCGCACCUCCUACCUGCAGGCCAUCACCACAGAGCGCUCCAAGUCAUGCGAGGGCCUCAACACCUUUGGGAACGAGGGCCACAUGUUCUCGAUAUUGCCAAAGAGAGUCAAGAGCUUCUUCACGGACGGGUCCCUUGACAGUCUGGCCCCGACGGAGAUCCGCUCCAAGCGCCACUCAACCUCCGAGCUGGGAAGCAUCACCUUCAGCGAUGUCCGCAAGGAGGGCUGGCUGCACUACAAGCAGAUCCUCACUGAGAAGGGCAAGAAGGUGGGCGGAGGGAUACGACCCUGGAAGCGCGUCUUCUGCGUCCUGCGCUCCCACUCGCUCUUCCUCUACAAGGACAAGCGGGAGGCGGUGCUGCACGGCGCUGCCCUAGGGGGCGCCACUGGGUCGGGGCACGGUGAUGAAGAGCAGCCCAUCAGCAUCCGCGGCUGCCUGGCGGACAUCGCGUACAGCGAGACCAAACGCAAGCACGUGCUGCGCCUCGGCACGCAGGACUUCUGCGAGUACCUGCUGCAGGCCGAGGACCGCGACGACAUGCUCAGCUGGAUCAAGGUCAUCCGCGAAGGCAGCAAGACCGACAGCGAGGAACUGGGUUCCUGUCGUCAAGCUCUGAUAAACAAGAAGCUGAACGAGUACAGGAAGCACAGUCCAACGGGAAACAAGCCGGACUCAUCUCCCAGGGUGCCCAGGAUAAUACCGCCCUUCCUCAUGGCCAAGAUGGACAAUGUGACGGGAGCUCCACGCUCCCCCAAGCCUGACAGCAAGGAGGAGAGCAGCCCGCCCAAGUCACCUUGGGGCAUAAACAUCAUGAAGAAGUCCAAGAAGUCUGGGCCUAAGGCCUUUGGGGUGCGACUAGAGGACUGCCAGCCGGCCAUCAACCACAAGUUCGUCCCCCUGGUUGUGGAGAUUUGCUGUGGGCUGGUGGAGCAGAUGGGCCUGGAGUACACUGGCGUUUACAGGGUACCGGGCAACAAUGCCAUGGUGUCCACACUGCAGGAGCAGCUGAACAAGGGCAUGGACAUCAACCCGACCGAGGAGCGAUGGCAGGACCUCAACGUGAUCAGCAGCCUGCUGAAGUCCUUCUUCCGGAAUCUGCCAGAGCCUGUCUUCACCAACGAUAAGUACAACGACUUCAUAGACGCCAACCGGAUGGAGAACGCGAGCGAGAGGCUCAAGACCAUGAGGAAACUGAUCCACGACCUGCCAGAUUAUUACUUCCACACCCUGAAAUUCCUGAUGGGCCACUUGAAGACUGUGGCGGAUCAUUCGGAAAAGAACAAGAUGGAACCCCGUAACCUGGCGCUAGUGUUUGGCCCCACCCUGGUGCGAACCUCCGAGGAUAACAUGACCGACAUGGUGACCCACAUGCCUGACCGCUACAAGAUAGUGGAGACAUUGAUCCAGCACUUUGAGUGGUUCUUCAGCGAGGACCUGGACAAGGAUGAAAAGACACCAGUGGACAAGGAGGACCAACAGCCAGUCCCGAACAUCGACCACCUGUUGUCCAACAUUGGGAGGACGGCGGCGCUUCCUGAGGCCUCAGAUUCAACCAACAGUGAAUCAGCGAAAUCCAAGGGUUCAUGGGGGUCAAAGCUAGACCUGAACGCCAAGGACCUGCUCUCCAUCGUGUCCGCCGUCACGCGCGCACGUAAGCGCAAGAAGCCCCUCAGUAGCUGGCCUAUUAGCAACAGCACGGACGAGGACUCGGAACAAGAACCCGGCAAGGUGAGCCACUGUGGCGGGGCAGAGGGGGACACGGCCCCCAGGGCAGAGGGGGAGGAGGAUGAAGAGGACGAGGAGGAGGAAGAGGAAGGAAGAGAGGCCACAGAGGAGGAGGAGGAGCCCUCAUGCCAGCUGGUGGAGGAGGCGGGGCACGAGGGCAGGGCCCUGGAGCAGGAGGAGGAGGGAGAGGCAUGCAAGGCGCCGACGUGGCACAGCCCGGAAGAUGCGCGCUCCAUCGUGUCAGGCUACUCCACCCUGUCCACACUGGGCCGUGGCCCCGCCUCCGAGGGGCGGGGAGAAGAGGCGGACGACGAGCGCAGCGAGCUGGUCAGCGAGACGGACAACGAGAGCGGCUUUGCCUCGCGCUCCCUCACGCAGGAGAGGCCAGAGAAGCCACCGUUACCUCCACGUAGCUUCCUGUACACCCAGUACAAAUCCUCUACCGUGCCAAGCCCCGCCCCCACUCCUGACCCCACCCCCGCUGAGGCACCCUCCAACCCCGUCGAAAGGAGCGACAGUAGGGCUCGGUCGACCACUCCCUCUUCCUCCUCGUCUUCCUCUGCCACACACAAGCUUAACCUCCGGCCGUCCUUCAACUCCCACAAGCUCAUCCAGUGCGACACGCUGGCACGCAAAAAGACGAGGGCGGAGAGAGCCAAGGGGCGGUCCCUCAGCUCGGAGCUGGUGCAGGAGCCAGCCAAUGAGGAAGAUCGGACGGACAAUGGGGAAGCUUCGAUGGCACCGGUCAGCCAAGCGGCAGCUCUUGCAGCUGGCAGCAGACCAGAGGGUGCCGGGCAGAGCCGCACCCCACCCCCAGCGCACAGUGCCAAUCUGACAUCCUCCUCGCCAGCUGCCACAGGGUGGGGCUCGCUGGCCGCACAGGUGCGGACACGCAUCCUGGGGUCCGCCGACGACCUACGGGGCGUCGGCCUACGGAAGCCAGUGUCGCCCGAGACGCGGAGGCGGAGGCGGGCGUGGCGACGGCACACCGUGGUGGUCGGUCCUGGCGCGCAUAGUACGGACCCUAUACCUGUGCAGGACCCUCCCACGGCGGACGUCCCCAAGCCCGCCUCCGAGCCACCGGGUCACGCUGCGCCUCCCCCAGCGUCGGAACCCGCGAGACAGUCCGAGCACACUGCUGCCGUCACACGACAGACGUCCCGGUUUCACCAGUGUCUGUAGCGGGCAACAUCCGUCUGCAUGACAGGAGGAGAACCUAGGGCCACCUCUCACCGGGCCACCAAGGCUGCCUGCAGUAACAGUAACAGUAACAGCUGGCAAAUCAUCAAUUUUGGGGGGGGGGAUAAUAGUGGCAGGCUUGGUUUUGACAAAUACAUCCCAGAGAGUCAUCUCAUCCGCUUCCAUAGUCCGGCAGGGCUCAUCUGCAAGGCUGCAGGGCUCAUCUGCAAGGCAGCAGGGCUCAUCUGCAAGGCAGCAGGGCUCAUCUGCAAGGCUGCAGGGCUCAUCUGCAAGGCAGCAGAGCCACACAGCGUUGCCAAAGAUUUUUCCGACUGUACAAAACUGUGACUGUUUAUCGAGACAGCUGGGGUUGAGAGGGUGGGGGGGGGGGGCAAGUUUAACCUGAGGGGCACAGAAACAGCAGCUGCGAGCCCUGCUGAGUAAGUCAUUCUAGGGUUGCCGGGUGACAGGCAGCCGUGUCAUAGCAGUCGCCACGGCGACGGGUCUACAUGGACACGCACUCACAGGAAGGACAGGCUGACACAGGCAUAGGAACAAAUAGACACGCUAACACCACACCAGCUCUGUCGCAGCGGUGGCACCCCAAGGGGAUUCCCCCUCACUUCCACAAACCACCAGCCUCCCCCCGCCCCCAUGACCUCAGCUGUAAGCCUCACCCCCUAACACGUCCAUCUGAAAAUGUGCAUAUGAACCAGUAUGCCUGCGCAAAAAACUUGUAUGGGUAGGAGUGUGUGCGCGCAUGUGUGUGUGUACAUUAACGCGUGUGGAACUGUUUUGUAACAUUUGUACAGAGCCUUGCUAAGUUAACCUUGUGUAUAUAUUAUAUAUAAUACAUUAUAUUAUUUUUUCCAUUGUUUACAACAGUGCAUUCAGGUGCACAAUCACUUCCUUUAAGAUGUUACUUGAAAUAUUUCCCUUAAUUUCUUUUUCUUUUGUUUUAUAUGCAGUAUAUUAUAUAUUUUUUGUAUGGGGGGAAAAAAGUACUUUUAUUGUGAUUUGAAUCAUCUGGGUGUUCCUGUGUAAUACUAAAAAAAAAAAGACUAAACUCAACAAAAAAGACUUCUGUCUUUCUCUGUUGCUGAGUAACAAAAAGAAAUUCCUAAAUCUGAUUGAAGGGAAGUAGCAAACCUAAGGUCAUAAACCUUAAAUAAAAUAAAAUAACCAGCAUUCCACUUGUUGUUACGACUGGGGGGGGAGUCUGCUGAAGUAAGUUGCUUCAGAUACAAUAAAUUGUGUCCAGUGCGAUUCAACAGUCUCUCGCCCGGGACUCUCUCGGUCCCAAGUCCAGCACUUCAAUGGCCCUCUGGCGUCAUUCUUUUGGAAAACCAACACACAGCUACUUUCACAGCGCUAAACCUUUACUGGUAUUAAAUUCACUUUCUGAAGAAGAAAACAAACGUGUAAUUUUACUUCUUUACCCUGUUUUCAGUGAAGGUUCUCAAAACAGUGACCAAGAUUAAUUUCAAUUCACCUUCCCCAAAGUUCCGCCCAUUAAACUGUUUUGCUAACUGAUUCCAUAUGUUUUUCUCACAUGGAAACUAAAGCCGAUUCAUGUAGCCUAUAAGGGGUAAACUGAAACAAAUGAUAUCCUGGUUACACAUCAUGCCACUACAAAGGGCGUGGUUAUAAAAUAUUGAUACACGGUAUGGAAAAGACCAAAACAAUUUAGCCUAUGCAAAAUCGCGGCACUUUUUCAAUGAAACGGUUCUCGUUGCCACCUGCAGCAGCGGCGCCUCCUUGGUCAUGCAUGCAAACUCCACUGAUCCGUUUCCAUUCACCCAGAAAGAGCAACUGGCGGGAGAAUCGCUUUAGGUUUUGUUGUGAAUGCCAUCACCUCCAUAACUCUACAGCAGCAGUGAUCGCCUGUUUUAUUUUUCAUUAUUUUUUAUGUUUUUUUUUCUUCCAUUCAUGCAUUUCUUAUACUGAAAGAACUUAGGCAAGAAGAGUGUCUUUUGUGGAGUGUAGUCUGAUCGUGUCAUGUGUCCCCACCACAGGAUAUAUAUAUAAAAAAACAAAAACUGGCUCCUAAUUUGUUUUCGCCAAGUUUGAUGUGAAUGAAUCCGUUGCUUUGCUAAUGCAGUCCUUUGGUGUGGCAGCUCUAAGAACAAUGGACAAUGGGAUACUUAUUUAGUAACCAUCUCCCAGAAAAGCGCCUACUGGUGACCACUGACCAUUGUUCUCUACUGUUAUUGUGUCGUUUUAGAGAUAAGACUGUAUUCAUUCUCAAUGCAAUUACUAUGGCGUUUUAAAGGUUACAGUUGGUCUUGUCCACCAUUUUGGUUUUGGAUUCUGAUUCAAAAAGUUUUAAGUAAUACGUUUUAUGUUUCUGUGGACCAUGCAUAGAAAAACGUGAUGCGUUGCCCUAAAGUAUAGGCCCUACUAAAUUGUAUAUGCAAAUGAUUACAUAUUCAAAUGUAGCAUGGAACUGAUUGUUUAUGCUGUUAUUGAAUACCAGACAUUUAGAUGUGUUUUAUUAAAACCGUAUACGUGUCACCUGUGUGUUAUAUAAGUUUAAUAUAUGUCAAAACAACUACAUUUGCCAUGCAAUGCAUUGGGUUUGUUAAUGUUAAAGGUAAAAUAACAGCGGGCAUGAUUUGGCUUUGCUUAUUUUGGGAAUCCUUACUUUGUGGAUCACUGUAAAGAUGGACGCAGCAUUUAUUACAUGACAACAGUUAAACCAGUGCAUUAUUUUGUGAUGCAGUGGACGUAUGAGUUCUUGUGACAGGCCAACCAAACGGGGUUCAUAAGUAUUCGUCAGUUUUUACUAUGUUGUAUGCCAUUAGAGAUUAUAAUAUAUUCCUGAGCUGCUUUCGAUUCGCCCUGUCUGGCAAGGUGGUUAAACUGCUGUGAAAUGGUUUUUCCUGUCAUUUCCCUGCCUUUAAUAUCUUAGAGGUGCCCUGGAAGUGCCUCAUUUUUACGCCUAUCCCACACUCUUCCGGUCACACAAAGUAAUUCUCCGCUUAUUUACGAUCAUCUUGUACUUCGCAACACAUUUCAAAGUUUGAAGAAUUCAGGGAAUGAUAAAUAAAGGAACAUGUACAGAAAUUGCAUUUACCUCACUCUGAAGCACACUGAGAGGAUGCAGACAGCUACGCGGUUUCUUCUCUCAAAAAUGUAUUUUAUAAGAGUCUGUCAGGAAGAAAUGUGCGUUGUGUGUGUUUUUUUUUUUUUGCAGGAAAGCAUAUGAGAAACCAAAGGUGACAUACAAAAAAAACUGUCUGUGUGAAAACUCUGAAACAUGUAUUGUAUGAUAGUGCUAUAACUGUCCAUUUUCCAAAAACAGCGUCAAACGUCAUAUAGCCUAGGUCCUGAGUGAGGUUUACACCUAAAUUUAAGAAAAAUAAUGCGAAUAAUUUUGUGUCCACCGUAUCUGAAAUUGAAAAUGUAUGCAGCCUUUGUGGUUUUAGUUUGAUAUGUUUGUAUAUAUUGUCUCAGAACGUGUAACAUAUUAUGUAAAGGACUUUUACGUCAUUGUUAGUGAAUUACGUCAUAUCAAAAUGUCCUAACUGACUGCAUGAUACAGGUCCCUAAUUCUUACAUGGCUCGCUACUCUAAAAUGCUAGUUAUUGAACGGAAAUAUAUGUUUUAAAUAAAAAAGAAUGGGAAAUAAACAAUUAAUCGGG